AAGAGGGAGUCAUUGAAGCCGGCGCGUGCAUAGAGGAGGAGACCAUGAACGGCGACCGGACCGAGAGCGACUGGCAGGGGCUGGUGAGCGAGUACCUAGUGUGUAAAAGGAAGCUGGAGAGUAAAAAGGAAGCCCUGCUGAUCCUUUCCAAGGAGCUGGACACAUGCCAGCAGGAAAGAGACCAGUACAAACUCAUGGCCAAUCAGCUCCGAGAACGCCACCAGUCGCUGAAGAAGAAAUACCGGGAGCUGAUUGAUGGAGAUCCAUCACUGCCCCCGGAAAAGAGGAAACAGGCUAAUCUUGCACAACUAUUGAGAGAUUCUCAGGACCGAAACAAACAUCUGGGAGAAGAAAUUAAAGAACUUCAGCAAAGGCUUGGAGAAGUCCAGGGUGACAAUAAGCUCUUGAGGAUGACCAUUGCCAAACAGAGGUUAGGAGAUGAAGAAAUCGGCGUGCGCCACUUUGCAGCCCACGAGCGCGAAGACCUGGUUCAGCAGCUGGAAAGAGCUAAGGAGCAGAUCGAGUCUUUGGAGCACGACCUGCAGGCCUGUGUGGAUGAGCUUCAGGAUGUUAAAGAAGAACGGGCUUCCUACCAGGACAAAGUGGAGAGGCUAAACCAGGAGCUAAACCAUAUCCUGGGUGGGCAUGAGAACCGCAUCAUUGACGUGGAUGCCCUGUGCAUGGAGAACAGGUACCUUCAAGAGAGAUUAAAGCAGCUGCACGAAGAGGUCAACCUCCUGAAAUCUAACAUUGCCAAAUACAAGAAUGCUCUCGAGAGACGGAAAAACUCAAAGGGCCAGGGUAAAUCCAACAGCAGUGCACUGACUGGCGUCUUGUCUGCAAAGCAAGUUCAGGAUUUGUUAUCUGAGGACCACGGGUGCAGUCUCCCAGCUACUCCGCAGUCCAUUUCUGACCUGAAAUCUCUGGCUACAGCCCUGCUGGAGACAAUCCACGAGAAAAACAUGGUCAUCCAGCACCAGAGGCAAACCAACAAAAUCCUAGGGAAUCGAGUGGCUGAACUAGAGAAAAAAUUAAGAACUCUGGAAGUUUCUGGUUUGUGGAGUCUUCCGGGAGGCAAGGACACCAUACUGUUCAGUGACCCCACUCUUCCCACCACCCAGAGGUCGAGAUCCCCACUGCUGAAAUUCACUGAGCAGCCCACCGAGAGCACAGCGAAUUCCAAGAGUGGGGAGGUUCAAAAGCAAGAGCAAGAUGAAAGGUGUGCCGCAGCCGAGGUGUUGACAGCACCAGAGGAUGCUGGGAGGCUCACUGUCAACUCCCCAGCAAAUCAGAACCCCGGGAACCAGCGCAAGCACUUUCAUCCUUCAUUACCCCAGUUACCUUCUGAGGAAGAAAUAAACAGGCUUGGAAGGGAAAUAAUUAAACUGACAAAGGAACAGGCAGCUGCAGAGCCAGAAGGGGACAGGAGGGAGAGCCCUGAGAGUCCCGUGGAGGGCCAGAGGAACGAGGUGGGGCCAUCCCUGCUGGGCCUGGCCUCCCAGGGAGAGCUCUCCAAAUCUUGCCCGGACUCCUCUGAGGCCAGCCAGCCAGCGCCCAGAAAUCCCACACCUGAAGAUGGCAGUGGGACCUCAGAGGGUGGAGGGCCGAGGAGCACCGUGAAAACAUGAAGGGAAACAGACUGAAUAUGAUGACAUAUUGAAGGCACUGGGAACAGAAGAGAAUAAAGCAUCAGAACCCGCCGAAGUCUCUUCCUCCUAACACACCUCCGAGUCUGCCAGUGAGAAAACACCCCGGUCCUGUUGCAAACUGUGAAUAUUCUGAUGCCAGUACAGUCUGAUUUAUUAAAUGCGGGUCCUCAAGCUUCUCCGUGUCAUCUCUUUCUGCUGAAGAUACACUGCUGUGAACAUGGCGAGGCCCAGGAAUCGUGCUCGUCAUAUGGCUGGUUCUCCACAUUCGUCUUUUCUUGUCAGCAUUUGUUUUAUUAGCGAUAAGAUGUUUUUCUAUUAGCGCUUAAUGUUGUCGAUCAAAAUUAUGGGAAGAGCUUGAAACGAUGGGGUUUUUAAUCAGGUCCCGUCUUUGUAACUGUGCGGCGUCUGGAGAGAAAGGUGUAAUUGAGCACAAUGGGUCCACAGGGCCCUGUUACACUUCAUCAUGUCAGGGCCCCCAAGGACCUCCCGGCCUGGGUGUUUGGCAGCCUGCCUACAGCGCUGUCUGUCACGCAGGCUUUGGAGGCUGGGCUUCUGGCGUGAAAUCCGCAGCCCCUGUUGAGGCCUGCCUGCUGACUGCAAGAGCUGGUUUUCCAGCCUAAAAUUCCAGAGAUUAAUUGAUCUAGAGUGAUUGGGGUGGGGAGAAGGGAACUCCUAGUGGUGUUUUGAGUUGUUAUUUCCAAGAUGAGAGGAGAGGCAGCUGUUGUUAGCUGCCCUGCUGUGGAGCCUGACCCUGACUCAUGGCGACUCCACACACAACAGAGUGGAACACUGCCUGGUCCUGUGCCAUGCCCCUGAUUGGUUGCAGAUUGGACCGUUGUGAUCUGUAGGGUAUUCAUUGGCUGAAGAUGAGAGGGAGAAUCUGGAAAUGCUGGUUCUCACCUUUCAACCUGUGAUGCAUAUAGGAUUUUCUGGCCAUUUGGGGUUUGGAGAGCCCUGGUGGCGCAGUGGGUAAGCGCUCAGCUGCUAACCAAAAGGUCGGCAGUUCGAAUCCACCAGUCUCUCCUUGGAAACCCUAUGGGGCAGUUACAUUCUCUCCUGUAGAGUCGCUGUGAGUCAGAAUUGGUGCAACAGCAGUGGGUUUUGUGGUUUGGAAGGAUUUAGCUGCUUAGGGCCAGUCCAGUUUUCCCAAACCACCUGAAACCUUGAACCUUCACACAUUCCAUACAAUCUUAUGGCUGCCUCUCCUGUGCCAGGUGCUGGGAUUUUAAAGAUAAGACACAAAGCUUAUGGCCCUAGAGGGCAGAGAGAUGGAAAAACAAAAUAAUUUCAUUAUAGCACAGUUAAAGAGACCAGUGGAGUCCCUGGGUGGUGCAAAUGGUUAACAUGCUCAGCUGCUAACUGAAAGGCUGAUGGUUUGGGUCUACCCAGAGAUGCCUCAGAAGAAAGGCCUGGUGAUCUACUUCCAAAAUACCAGCCAUUGAAAACCCUGUGGAGCACAGCUCUACUCUGACACACAUGGAGGCCCCACAAGUCAAACUCGAUUCAACGGCAACUGCUUUUAAGGACAGUGGAGCCGAGUACAAGGUCCGGGGAUGAGAAAGGAGGGAGUGGCCACUCCCACUUGGUUCUUUCCUUUGGAAUAAAAAUUAGCUUUUCUAGGCAGCAUCUGGCACCGCAGAAAAUUGAAGGAUCAUCAAACGAUAGCCCUGUCUUUGACCUGGACUCAGGCCGUCUCUCCAGGAAGGCCUGAUGCGAGAUCCUAAAGCUCCAACCAUCCCUGAGAACAGAAUCACUCCUUUAAGAGACCCUCUGGCAGGAAAAAGAGGGACUCCCAAGGUGGUCGGGGUUGAGAAUUCAUCCUAAAAACAGGAUAUUUAGUCCCUGGGUAGUGCAGACGGUUAAGCAUUCGACUAAGAGCUGAAAGGUUGACAGUUCAAACCCACCAAGAGGUGCCUUGGAAGAAAGGUCCGGCAAUCUGAUUCCAAAAGGUCAUGCUUUGGAAAAAACUAUGGAGCAGUUCUACUCUGCACAGAUGGGGUCGUCAUGAGUAGGAACCGACCGGACAGCAACUAAAAAUAGGACGUUUAUACCAGGCUUGCGAUCCUAGGUGUGAAACCUACACAUGGGUGGCCAGGCUUCCCUGACACUCCCCUGUCCAAUUUUGUUUCUUGGUGUCACUCUACUCGCAGUGAAGGUAGGAGCCCCAUCAGAUUUUAUGUGGUCUCACUCUGAAUGGGGCAACCUGCAGACAAGAAGUCCCAGUCCUUUGUCAGAUACACACGGGGGCGGGGUGGGGGGACGUCCAGCUACUUUCUUCCCACUCACCAGAGGUCACCCCAUCUAGCAAAAGGGGGUACAUGUCAGAGUCAGUUCACUGGUGCUCCUGGUGAGGUGGACAUGCCAUCACCCCCCCCCCCCACUGUCACUCACACCACUCCAUUCACCCCUCUGUGCUCCAGCCUCCCACUCAGCCCUACCCCCACAACUUCUCUUUUAGGGAGGUCCCUUCUGUAGCUGCAGUGCUUACUCCAGCCAGCAGCCACAGAAAUUAUAUUCCUGCUGGACUAGGCCUUAACUGUCUGCAAAUGUCCAAAACUGCUGCACAGGAUGCCAGAACCACCACAAGAAAACACAGCCAAAUUUAAUACAAUAAUAAUAAAAAGGAAAAUCUCCCCCAGCAAAGGCUCUGGUUUUGACACACAGUCUGCCAGGUGCAUGUCUUUAGGGCCCAUUCAUCGCCUUCUGGAAAACAGAGCUUAUAAAAAAAAAAAAAAAAAACUCCAGUAAAUUCCAUCACAGUCAGGAAAACAGCAGUGAGUUCCGGAGAGUUUGGGUGGGGGGAAGUGGGGCGAUAACAUAAACGCCUGUGUUAUCAGAUGGAAUUGGGGCCAACGAGUUGAUCCUGGCACAUGUGUAGCCAUGACAAUACCCUGUGUAUACAUGUGACCCUGUCCCACCUCUGGAUCCCAACCCAACAUGACUCUUCUGUUCCAAAGACAUUAAAGAGAGUUCCAGCAAUUACCUGUAGUUGUCAUUGGUCGUUUUUAGAGUCAUUCUGAAAGCCUGCAGUAUUCUUUCCCUACUCCACUAAACCCUGCAUUAGUCAGGAUACUGUCAGCUGGGAGUCACACUUAACAAAAUUAAACAAUUUUAACAAAAUUAAACAAUUUUAA